CCCCCGCCCGGGUAGCUCUAUGGACAGGAGCUCCCUGCUGCAGCUCAUCCAGGAGCAGCUGGACCCAGACAACACUGGCUUCAUUGGCGUGGAGACCUUCACUGGCCUGGUGCACAGCCAUGAGCUGCCAUUGGAUCCUGCUAAACUGGACAUGCUGGUGGCACUGGCCCAGAGCAACGACCAAGGACAGAUCUGCUACCAGGAGUUGGUAGACCUGAUCAGCAGCAAACGCUCCAGUAGCUUCAAGCGGGCUAUCACCAAUGGGCAGCGUGCCCUGCCUCGGGAUGGGCUACUGGAUGAGCCAGGCCUUGGUUUCUACAAGCGCUUUGUGCGCUACGUGGCCUAUGAGAUCCUACCUUGUGAGAUGGACCGCCGAUGGUACUUCUACCAGCACCGAACCUGCCCACCCCCAGUCUUCAUGGCUACUGUUACACUCACACAGAUCAUCGUGUUCUUGUGUUAUGGGGCUCGGUUAAACAAGUGGGUGCUGCAGACCUACCACCCUGAGUAUAUGAAGAGUCCUCUGGUGUACCACCCUGGCCACCGUGCCCGAGCCUGGCGAUUUCUCACCUACAUGUUCAUGCAUGUUGGGUUGGAACAGCUGGGCUUCAAUGCCCUCCUACAGCUCAUGAUUGGUGUGCCCUUGGAGAUGGUGCACGGGGUGCUUCGGAUAGGUUUCCUUUACUUGGCGGGUGUGCUGGCAGGUUCCCUGACAGUCUCCAUCACAGACAUGCGGGCCCCUGUGGUAGGGGGUUCAGGUGGCGUCUAUGCCCUCUGCUCUGCCCAUCUGGCCAAUGUUGUCAUGAACUGGGCUGGGAUGCGCUGCCCCUAUAAACUGCUGAGGAUGGUGCUGGCACUGGUGUGCAUGAGCUCAGAGGUGGGCCGAGCUGUUUGGCUUCGCUUCUCCCCACCCCUGCCUGCCUCAGGCCCUCAGCCCAGCUUCAUGGCCCAUCUGGCAGGCGCUGUCGUGGGCAUCAGCAUGGGUCUGACCAUCCUUCGAAGCUAUGAGGAAAACCUGCAGGACCAGUGUGGCUGGUGGGUGGUGUUGCUCUCCUAUGCCACCUUCCUCCUUUUUGCCAUCUUCUGGAACAUCUUCGCCUAUGACCUGCUGGGGGCACAGGUCCUGCCUCCCCCCUAGUACCCCAUGAAAGUGCCAACACCGCCACUCUGGUGCCACCAUCUGCCAGGCAGCCAGGACGCGGUUAUUUUUCCCUGUCAACGUGAACCUGACUGAGGCGGGGUCUAGUGCCUGGCCUGGUUCUCCAGUAACAAGAACAACAUAAGGUGCCAACUUCCCACUGGAUUCUGGGCUGGGCAUGCAGGUGCGUGCAUGUGAUUUGGUGUGCAGGCUAGUCAGGGCACGGCCCCCCUUGGCAGGACCUCCAGGUGUGGGCCUGCAUGUCCACCCUCUACUGAAUGUAUGUUUUAAAGCUGCUUCUCCCACCCCUGCCCCUGUGCCCACCUGCCUGGGAAGGGCAGGGGCCCCACUGCUCCCCCCACCAACAAUUUCCCUCAGCUGGCUCCUUUCUCUCUAACUCUCCCCAGUUGCUGCAGGGACUUCAGCUCUAUGGCCCUAAAAGCUACUAAAAUCAGGGCCUCUCAAGCCUUACAAUGGUCCUGGGCCUAAAUCCUCUUCCAAGUCCCCCUGCCACUAGGGAAGCCUGGUUUGAGGCUGCCCUGUGGAAGGUAGGAGGGGAUGUGCCUGAAGGAAGUCAGGGGUAGGAACCAGAGGAGAGCACCCAGGGGAGUAGGAUAGAGGCCCCACAGCCUCCAGAGCAAAGAGCCAGUUUGAUGGAUUUGCUGUCUGAGCCUUUUUG